GCUGUGGACUCCGCGGCCGCGAGUAGUUAGUUAGUUGUGUCAGUUGCUCGGUGGCGGCGGCCGCGAUCACCAGUAAGGGGACGGGACGGGCGGCAAUGGUGAUCAUUGCAACGGCGUGUGCUCCCCUCAGGUGUCUGUCUAACCCAGGACUCAUGCUCUAGAUGGUUCCUGGUGAUCUGUCUUAAAAACCUAAGGAAACACUGGUACCUUUAGAAGACAGGAAUGAGACGCAAGGAAGAAAGGCCAUUCAUCAUAAGAAGAUUUGAAUCACUUUGAAAUUUUAAAGAAAUGUAACACUUGCUGCUAAACUAUCUUGGUCACCAGAAGGAACAAAGUGCUUCAGAGUUAAAUGGAAGUCUUCACUAAACAAAAGAAGGAAAACUAACAACAGAAAAGAAAUAGCAAUUUUAGGCAUAUUGUCAGGUCAUCGAGAUGGCUCAGCAGAUUGAUCAUACUUAGAGGAGCUGCUUUAACCACACACGAAGGUGAAAACUAACAGAUGCAAAUGCAAGUCUUGCUAUGCACUGAAGAAACCGCAUUGUCUGUGAAGUUCUAUUUUUAAAAAUGUCUGCUUGUAACACCUUUACUGAACACGUUUGGAAACCUGGCGAAUGCAAGAAUUGCUUUAAACCUAAAAGCUUACACCAGCUUCCUCCAGACUCUGAGAAGACACCUAUCACCCAUGGUAAUGUAAAAACUAAUGCCAACCAUAGUAACAACCACCGUGUCAGGAACACCGGGAAUUUCCGGCCCCCUGUGGCUAAAAAACCCACUAUUGCUGUGAAGCCCACUAUGAUGGUAGCAGAUGGGCAAAGUGUGUGUGGUGAGCUUAGCAUCCAAGAACACUGUGAGAACAAACCUGUCAUCCUGGGGUGGAACCAAAACAAGACGUCUUUGAGCCAGAAACCACUUAACAACAACUCCGAAGGCGAUGCUGAAGGAUUUGGCCGUGUCCCCCAGCAAUGUGGCAACAAUGACAGCACAAAGAAGAUGUCCAACAACAACAACGGACUCACUGAAGUGCUGAAGGAGAUAGCAGGUCUGGAUGCCACGCCUCAGAUGAGAGGAAAUGAAACAAACUCCAGAGAAACAUUCUUGGGAAGAAUAAAUGAUUGCUACAAACGAUCAUUGGAAAGAAAGAGCCCACCAAGCUGCAUGACGGGGAGCAUGAAGGAUUCUCAGGGCAAGCACGUGAUUCUGAGUGGGAGCACAGAGGUCAUCAGUAACGAAGGGGGCAGGUUCUGCUACCCUGAGUUUUCCAGUGGAGAGGAGAGUGAGGAAGACGUGCUUUUCAGCAACAUGGGAGAGGGGCACGAGAGCUGGGACGAAAGCGACGAAGAGCUGCUAGCCAUGGAGAUUCGCAUGAGAGGGCAACCUCGCUUUGCUAACUUCAGGGCUAACACUCUGUCUCCUGUUCGAUUCUUUGUGAGCAAAAAAUGGAAUACGAUCCCGUUACGUAAUAAGUCUCUGCAGAGAAUCUGUGCUGUGGACUAUGAUGACAGCUAUGAUGAAAUACUUAAUGGCUAUGAAGAAAAUUCUGGGGUCUCCUAUGGUCAAGGAAGCAUUCAGAGCAUGGUGUCCUCUGAGUCCACAUCACCAGAUUCCUCUUUUACGGAGGAGUCACGUUCUGAAACAGCCAGCAGUUUAUCUCAGAAGAUUUGUAAUGGGGGGCUAUCUCCUGGUAACCCAGAAGAGUCUAAAGGCAUGACAGAAACCGAGCCUAAUUAUGAAAGUCCUCCUGGUAAUAAUGAGGAGAAGGACUCAUCACUAACUUCCAAAAGCUCAGCAAAAGUUCCAGAGACACACAAAGCAGUCCUCGCUCUCCGCUUAGAGGAGAAGGAUGGCAAAAUUGCGGUACAAACUGAGAAGCCAGACAACAAAGCCUCUACAGAUAUCGCUGGCCAAGCAGUCACCAUCAGCCUCGUCCCUGUAGAAGAACAGACAAAGCCAUACCGCGUUGUGAAUCUGGAGCAGCCGCUGUGUAAGCCAUAUACUGUUGUGGAUGUGUCGGCAGCCAUGGCCAGUGAGCACCUUGGGCGCCCCAAGAUCAAAGGCUCAUCCUCUACUCCAAACUCUCCAGUAACAUCACCUGCCUUGACACCAGGACAAAUGAAUGCCCAUGUCAAAAAAUCCAGUGCAAUCCGAUACCAGGAAGUAUGGACUUCCAGCACCAGUCCACGACAAAAGAUCCCUAAAAUAGAAUUAAGUACUGGGGGAACUGGGCCAAAUGUCCCUCCGAGGAAAAACUGCCAUAAAUCAGCACCUACUUCACCCACGGCUACAAACAUUUCCUCCAAAACCAUCCCUGUUAAGUCACCUAAUUUGUCUGAGAUAAAAUUUAAUAGUUACAACAAUGCUGGCAUGCCACCUUUCCCCAUUAUCAUUCAUGAUGAGCCAUCCUAUGCUCGGAGUUCCAAAAAUGCUAUUAAAGUUCCCAUUGUUAUUAAUCCAAAUGCGUAUGACAAUCUCGCCAUCUACAAAAGUUUUCUGGGAACAAGUGGAGAACUCUCAGUGAAAGAGAAAACCACAAGCGUAAUAAGCCAUACUUAUGAAGAAAUAGAAACUGACAGCAAGGUGUCUGAUAAUGCCACUAACAAGCUCCCAGACUGUCCCCAAGCCAAAGGCUUUUCCAACAGCACAGAGCGUAAAAGAGGCUCUGUAGCUCAGAAGGUUCAGGAGUUUAACAAUUGUCUCAACAGAGGUCAGUCUUCUCCACAAAGGAGCUAUAGUUCCAGCCACAGCUCCCCUGCAAAAAUCCAGAGACCCAGUCAAGAGCCUGUGGCCAAAACAGAAGGCACACAGGGGUCUCAGGUGGCAGGCAGCAGUGGCAGCACCAGGGAGAAAGCAAGCGCUGUGCUUUGUCAGAUUGUGGCUUCUAUCCAGCCCCCCCAGACUCCUCCAGAGGCACCUCAGUCUAGCCCUAAGGCUUGCAGUGUGGAAGAGCUCUACGCUAUUCCUCCAGAUGCAGAUACUGCAAAAAAUAUACCGAAAAGUACACCAGUCCGACCCAAAUCUCUCUUUACAUCUCAGCCUAGUGGGGAAGCAGAGGCACAUCAGCCCACAGAAAACCCUACCACUAAAAUUCAGAAAGAUCCAUUCAUGAAGCCAGUCACUUCCCCUCCCUCCAAAUUAGUGACCAGUGCCCAAAGUGAGCCACCACCGCCCUUUCCCCCACCACGGUCUACUUCCUCCCCUUACCAUGCAAGUAAUCUUUUGCAGAGGCAUUUCACCAAUUGGACCAAGCCAACCAGUCCUACCAGAUCAACAGAAGCUGAGUCAAUUUUGCAUUCUGAAGGCAGCAGGCGAGCAGCUGAUGCAAAGCCUAAACGUUGGAUAUCAUUUAAAAGCUUCUUCCGCCGUCGGAAAGCAGAUGAAGAAGAAGAGAAGGAGAAAGAGCGAGAGAAAGGGAAGCUGGUGGGCCUGGAUGGAACAGUCAUCCACAUGCUGCCGCCUCCUCCGGUCCAGCGCCAUCACUGGUUCACAGAGACAAAAGGAGAGUCCAAUGAGAAGCCCGCCAUUGUCUUCAUGUACAGGUGUGACCCUGACCAAGGCCAGCUCAGCGUGGAUCAAAGCAAGGCAGGGACAGAGAAAGGAAGAACAGAGGAUGUGUUACUCCAGUACUCAGAAGAGAAGAAAAGUGGCCAUUCUUCUCCAUCUCAGAUCCCUGACAAAGCUUCCAGUCGCGUGACCCAUGAAGUGGCAGAGGAGUUUUCUCCUCAGGAUCCAAAAACUCCUGCUGUAAAGCAAGAUGGCACUUCCGUCACACCAGCAUCGCCCCCGCCUGACCUGGAAAGGGAAGAAGAAAAAGAUGGCACUGCGGAUCCUAUAGAUCUGAACUCCCGCUGUGCAACAUACAGCAACCUAGGGCAAUCUAGAGCAGCUAUGAUACCUCCCAAGCAUCCACGGCAUCCCAAGGGAGCUUCUGAUGAUACCAUUGCCUUUGGAGAGAAGACAGACCAAGAAAUAUUGAAUGCUUCCCAACCCACGCCACCCCCACUGCCAAAGAAAAUGAUACGAGCCAAUACAGAGCCUAUCUCCAAAGACCUUCAGAAGACCAUGGAAAGUAGCCUUUGUGUCAUGGCUAAUCCCACCUACGAUAUUGACCCCAACUGGGAUGCCAGCAGUGCUGGGUCGUCUAUUAGCUGUGAACUCAAAGGACUGGACAUUGAGUCUUACGACUCCUUGGAGAGACCUUUGCACAAAGAGAGACCUGUUCCUUCAGCAGCAAACAGUAUCUCCAGCUUAGCCACUCUCAGUAUUAAGGACAGAUUUUCCAACAGUAUGGAGUCCCUCUCCAGCCGACGUGGUCUCUCCUGUAGACAGGGUCGAAGCAUCCAGAAGCCACAGAGACAAGCACUUUAUCGAGGACUUGAAAAUCGGGAGGAAGUGGUGGGUAAAAUCCGAAGCCUUCAUACAGAUGCCUUGAAGAAAUUGGCUGUUAAAUGCGAAGACCUCUUCAUGGCUGGUCAGAAAGACCAACUCCGCUUUGGAGUGGACAGCUGGUCAGAUUUCAGGCUAACCAGCGACAAACCGUGCUGCGAAGCUGGAGAUGCGGUCUACUACACUGCCUCAUAUGCAAAAGAUCCACUCAAUAACUAUGCCGUCAAGAUCUGUAAGAGCAAAGCUCAGGAAUCACAGCAGUAUUACCAUAGCUUGGCUGUCCGGCAGAGUCUGGCUGUGCAUUUUAACAUCCAGCAGGAUUGUGGCCAUUUCCUUGCUGAAGUCCCUAAUCGUCUGCUUCCCUGGGAGGAUCCUGAUACUCCUGAAAAGGCAGAGGACGAAACUGAGAACAGUGAGGAGGAGGUAAAAGCAGAAACCGCCGGGGAAAACCCCCAGCCCUGCUCUGAAACAGAGUCAUCCCAGAAAGAGAACCAGCGAGUCACGAAUAGGAAACAGAGAAGCCAUGUUGUAGUGAUCACCAGGGAGGUUCCCCAUCUCACUGUGGCCGACUUUGUGCGAGAUUCCUUGGCCCAUCAUGGGAAAAGCCCUGACCUGUAUGAGAGGCAGGUGUGUCUGCUGCUCUUACAGCUGUGCUCUGGCCUCGAGCAUCUCAAGCCCUACCAUGUCACUCACUGUGAUCUGCGCCUGGAGAACUUGUUGCUUGUCCAGCACCAGCCUGGGGGAGCUGCCCAAGGCCCUUCACCUGCAGAUCCUUGCCUCCCCUCAGCUUGUCCCACAAGGCUCAUCGUGAGCAACUUCUCGCAGGCCAAGCAGAAGAGCCAUCUGGUGGAUCCCCAGAUCCUCCGGGACCAGUCCCGCCUUGCCCCAGAGAUCAUCACAGCCACCCAGUAUAAGAAGUGUGAUGAGUUCCAAACGGGCAUCCUCAUCUAUGAAAUGCUGCACCUACCCAACCCUUUCGAUGAGAACCCAGAGCUGAAGGAGAAAGAGUACACGCGCACAGACCUGCCUCGCAUCCCUCUCCGCUCCCCGUACUCUUGGGGCCUGCAGCAGCUCGCCAGCUGCCUCCUAAACCCCAACCCCUCUGAGCGCAUCCUCAUUUCUGACGCCAAAGGCAUCCUCCAGUGUCUGCUCUGGGGCCCCCGUGAAGAUCUCUUCCAAACCUUCACCACCUCUGCAACCCCAGUACAGAAGAGUGCUCUGCUCCAGAACUGGCUGGACAUCAAGCGAACACUGCUGAUGAUCAAGUUUGCUGAGAAGUCCCUGGACAGAGAGGGGGGCAUCAGCCUCGAGGACUGGCUUUGCGCUCAGUACCUGGCUUUUGCCACCACAGACUCCCUGAGUUACAUUGUGAAAAUCCUGCAACACCGUUAAUGUGGCCUGGAUCUCGUUCUUAUUAUGAAGUACUCCCACCUUCUUCAUGUUGCCCUCAGGUCCCUGUCCUAUACUCACUCAGAAUUCAGGAAAGGAGAGAAGCUAACCUGCCAUCCUUGUCCACGAGCAGAGGGGGCCAUUCAGCAAGGUCAUCCACAGCUUUACACAGUGAGAAGCCAAGUGUUUCCUUACUGUUCAGAAAUUCCACUGCACAGCCGUGCAGUCACCCUCCCGUGGAACAUUUGUCAUCUGAAUAGUCCCACAAACCUGGGGUCAAGAAGGAAAUGGACAGCCAUGGAGGACCAGCUCCGGCAGAGUACACUAAGUAAGCUGCGUUCACCUCUUCCAGAGCGGAAGCUAGUCUGCCUGUCUUCCCUAGCUAGCGGCACACAUCCACCAACAUCGGCUGUCAUCCAGUGAUGCUCGCCCGGCAGCUUCCUCUUCCUGUAGUAUCCACAGCUGCCUCUUUCCCGGGAGGGCAUGCCAUUCUGCUUCUCGGCUCAGUUUUAGUCACUGGGGACUGGCCUUUGUCCUGGCCGAAAGGUGAAGGAGAGAUUCCCGUCUGUUGGAUGGUGGGUCGUCCAUUCGUCCAUUUCCAUUUGCUCUCUUAGUAAAUGUGUACCGUACACAAAGAACAACCUGACAGCAGCAGCCCCACUGCCACUGCUUGCCCGGCCUUCACCUUUACUCUGUCCCAACCUGCUGAAGUUCGGGUUUUCCAUCCACUUUUUGGGGCCCAUUACAGAGCUGACCGGAGAUGGUGUCACCAAUGCCUCAGCAGGAUGGAAUGCAGUUCAGAGUUUAUGAAGAGUUGGCAGGACAUGAGGAAAUAAUGUCCUUGUGUGUGCAAUUCUCCAGGGGCCCUCAGGGAACAGACUUUAAAGUACUGUUCUUUGAUUACUAUCAGACCUAUCGGCAUGGCAGCCCGGACUGGUGGUGGCUGAGUCAGUGUCCCCCACAAGCAGCAACUGGCCACCUCCCUUCCAUCAGUAGCCAGUAUCAGCUACCCUGCCAGAUGCUGUCGACAGUGGCUCUGAAUGAAAUGGCUGUCCACUUAGCAUUAACAUCGCCUUAGAAAGCACCUCAGAGCUGGCUUUUGAAAUGGCCAGAAGGCAAGGGAGGAGGGGCAGCCACUAAGAUGGCUGGCCUGCUCCUAAGAAUGCCAGCCUCUUCCAGAAGGACCGCCUCCCAGAGUGAGUGGCCCCCUGCUCCGAAGACUUUGCGGUAGAUGGCCGGGAGCUGUUCCUGUGGGACCUGUGCUCUCCCAUGAAUUAUGUGCAAUUUUUGUAUGUAUUUUUAAUCUGUAUAUUACAGUGUUUAUGUUGCAACUUUACCUGAGUGAGAACUACAGAAAACCUUCCUCUCUUCCCUUGGCACAUACUUGCGCUAAGAAGCGAGUAUUCUUUCCACCUGUGUGUAUGUUCGCUCAUGCACUUGUUUUAUUCAAAACUGUGAGUAUUUGUUUACUUCAACCUCAACAUCCCAAGAGUCACUUGAAUGGUAAGUGUGUACACAUGUGUGCCUGUGUGCACGCACAUGCUGGAGAUGGGGACCAGGCCUCCGGGGAAGCAGCCUGUAGCAGAGUUCACAGGCCUGUCCUCUGCACCCUGCCAGUGAGGAACCCUGGGGAGCCCCAUCCACCAGCGCAGAGUCAUCUUACAGCCAAGACUGACUGUGCAGUAUUACUUGGGUGGCACCUUAGUGGCCUUGGAUAUUUCUAGACUUUUAACAUUUUUAACAGCCUUUCAUGUGAUUCACACUUAUCAAAGAGAAUCGAAAAAGGAGAAUGUAUUUUAUUAUUCAUUUUUAAAGAGAAUAAUAUGUGUGAGGCUGCAUAGGGAGGAUGGCCUUGUGUUCCUGGCUAGCUCCCCAAACUCCCAGGAAGAGAGGGCUAGUUGGCUCACGGAGAGUCUUGUCCCUUCUAGAUAGCAUGACCGUGGAGUGGGCAGCCGUGAGUCAUGGUUGCAUCAGGCCUUGCAUAGCCCGUGUCACAUAGCUCCCCGCCUAAUUAUGCACUGAACCGGCAGCAUGACGACCACCGGCCGAGUCAGCUGGCACAGUUCUUCACUCCCCACAGCGUCCGCAGAUUGAGACCUUCUCAGUGUCGCUCUCUUGGUGCCUUGCCCGUGUAAACCCAACGUUAACUGUGUAAGGAGGUUACAUAUUUAAUGCAGGAUGUUCCCUAGCCCUCCGUUUGUUCUGUCUGUAGACACCCUUUUCCCGUUAGCUUCGACCCAGCCUUCUUCCGUGCUGCGGUAAAACAAGCAUGCGCACUUCCGCUGCCGCUGCCUCACCGCUCUCCGCUCCACGUGUCUCUCACUGUUCUUAAGUCCACACGAUUGAGAGGCGAAAUAAAAGCCUAGUGACAAGAGAAGGGCCUCAGCUUCCCAGAGACCGGUGGCUGUGUUCCCUGUCUCUGGGAAUGGCCACAGAAUGUGACGGACAGGAGGAAGGUGUCCUAGGUGAGGUCAGAACAGACAAGGAUUGUACUUCCAGGCAGAGUCCAUCAGGUGGUCCUCUGAGCGUUUCUCAAAAUAACGAAAUUCAGUCAGUAUAACUUUAUCAUAGAUUCCCAUUUUAAUUCAUCCGUCGGCUGAAGGGAACUCCUCCCUCUGCAGACACACACACACACACGUAUAUACAUACAUAUAUUAUGGAUUUUGGAGUGUCACUGGUCUAGCACUUAAAGUUCUCCUAAGUACCGUCUUAUUGAGCGGAUUGUUUUUUUCUUUUAAAGUCUAUGCCAUAGAUUCUUCCAUUACGUUGAGAGUGUGAACAGCUAAGCCCCUUGGAGCCUUUCCUUCAGCCGCGUGGACACUGUCUCAGCACAUGUGGACGCUAGAGAAACAGGACUGUGGCUGGAGCAGGCAGCAGUAAAUGUCUCUCUCUCAGAGUGCCUUGUUAGCAUAGUAACCUAGCCAUGGAAAUAAGAAGUGUUUCACAGAGAGGCCCAGACUACCAGCAGCCUCCUGUGCCGCAGAGGAGAGCCCUUUGGGGAUGUGUACACCCACACAGUGUGCAAAAGUUCACCAUGAAGGACAGCAGUUAGAUGAGCAAAUGGGCAACAGAACCCGUGGGGGGACAACAUGAGACUCAUGAGCAUCACCAGCCCCGAGGCUGAGUCAGAUUGGCUGGCAGACAGACGGCGGCGGUGGGUUUCGGGAUUUGCUCUCGAGGUGGGCUGAAUGAGGUCAUGGGGGAUGUGCGCUCCUGAAGGGACGUGGUUGCACUCCUGCUCCUCAACUGCUGGGGCCAGGGGGCCAAGAAGCUGCACGACUCAGGAGCUACCAUCGCAAGAGCGCCAGUUCUGCCUCAGAGCUCAGGGUGUAUUCAUGAACGUGGAAAUCUGAGCCUCUAGGAGGAUCCGUGUUUCUAAGAGCAAAACCUCUGUUGUCGCAAAAUCCCAGGAAAGAUCUUGACGCCCACAGAGUAGCAGGUCACGGAAGGCUUACGCUCAGCUUUCCACAUUUAAUUUCUCCAAUACGGGAAAAUCACUGGGCAUUAGCCGGUGACCUGCCGUCAGGAUUUUCCCAUAGCUUUUACCCAGAGUGAUCCAAAAAGAUACAGGCUAGUCUCAAAAACUGGGGUGGAUUUUGGAAGCAUCAUUGUAUGUCAAGUAAUCUGGGUAUAUAAAGCAUACACGCACACUUGGAAACAGGACGAGAGGAACUCAGCUCGCUGGGCCAGCUCUGGCAUGCUUGUCAUUCCCCUCUCUAGUGGGUAAGGAUUGGGAUUCUGAUCCAGUCUAAUAAGUGAACAGGAUAGCUGCCCAUAAAACUGGGUUAUUAGAUUUACUUCACUGAAGCUCAUCUUCCCAAAGGCCCAAAGUGCUGCCCUGAGACAGACCCAAGUGCUACCCCUGGGGAAGUGUGCACUGAAGUCCACCUGCCCACACUCACAGCAGUGCACAGCCGGAGGCCCCAAACCAAUGCCCCCCACAGGAGGUCAGAAGAGCUGUAAUGCAAGAUCCUAGACAGGUUAUACCAAAGAAGUCAAGCCUUUCCAUCCUGCUUCUCAGACAAUGGGGAUGUGCUGUGACAGAUGCCAGAGGAAGGGAGUCUGUACACAUUCCAUGACCUGGGUGUCCAACUGUAAGUCCAUUCUCAAAAAAAUAAAAAAGAAAGGAAGAAAGAAAAGAAAAAGCAGUGCAUUUUGCACAUGAGGAGAAAAAGAAGGUGAGGGUGGUGGGAAUAAGGGAGUGGCAGCAGCCGAAGCAGGUAGUGAAAUUCCCUGGUAUCUAAGAAGGAACCCGUAACUGGCUCGCUCACCAUGACUGGCUGUUGCCCAGACCUUAAGCGUGGGAAUGCCUCGUCUGUGUAAUAUUGAAAGCUUGGGCUGGAGUUGAUUUCUUUCUUAAAAAGCAGGUGCUUUCAAAAGGUUUGUCUCGAGAACUCUUGGGAAAUUUCUUAACACACCGCACCAUUUUAUGAACCUUCCCCCGAAGGUGAUUGUCAUCAGCAUCUCUUCCAAUGUGUCUAAGUACCCAGACUGUCCAAGGUGCUACGCAGCUGUCAGCCACCUACCCCUGCAGCUGUUUUAAAUUAGAGACCUUUGCGUCAGCUGCCACUGGAAACGAUGCCCACUUCGAUGGGCCACCGGGGUCUGCAUUCUGAACAUCCUCUGUACAUUCCCCCUUCGAGAGCCUCUCCGUCCACUCCCGCUUCCCACCCCUUCCUACCCCCACCCCAUGGUUUUUUAAAUCAAAGUUUCAGGGAAUCAAGAGGUUGGGGUUUCUUUUGAGCCCAGCAGAAUCGCAGAGUUCUAUAUUUUGCUAUGGAUAGUGUUGUGGUACAGGAAACCCACUCUGCCCGUCAGUUCGUGACUAGUUUGUGUGUCUGCACUCUCGGUAACUUGAAUGUUGAGCCAGCCCUGUGGCUUCAAUGUGGUGUUGUUGAAAGAUUAAGCCACACAGCUUUAGGAAGCCCACUUGAACCGUUCCUUUCUUGCCCUGUUCCCUCCCCAAUUCUAGAGUGUUGUGCGUGAACACACUGGGUUGGGUUUUCUGUUCAUGAUAUGGAGGGCGAUUUGUUGGGAGAUGGACACAGAAGCAAGAUGUCACCGGUCUUGGUGAUUGGAAUCAUGACAGUCCUUACUCUGACCUCUGAUUCUCCAUGGCCCUGCCCACACUCUAUUGGAGAAUCUUGUUUCCCUCCCUCCAGCGCUCUCCCCUUCUCCUUGCAUAUUUACAGUUGUACGAAUCAACAACAGAUCCCCAUGUCACCAGUGGCGCCACCCUUUGGUUUGCUGUGGUACUUUGCUGUGUACUCUGUGGCCUCACGUUACUGUGUAAAUAAAUUCAGUUUAAUAUACACAACGAACCAGA